CGAGGAGGAGAAAACACACGGAAACAGCUCGAGGACACAACAUCAUUUAUUUUGCUGUUGAUUAUGUAGAAUGUCAUUAAACUCAAGUGUGUGUUUGUCCUGCAGAGGUUUAUAAAUGAACUCAACAUUUCCGGCGGUGUGAAUCAAUCCUGAUGCGGCUUCACACACGGUUUCUGGUUUGAAAGGCAAACGCUUCUCUCAUUCUACACGUCACAGGUAACUCAAGUUUGAAGUAUGGCUACAGUAGGAGUGGAUGUGAUUGAGACAGCAGCUCUAGGGAGACCCUUCCAGCUGGGGAUGCUGUAUGACUGCAGGAAAGAUGCUCUCAUACCAGGAAUCACACUGUGGGAUCCAGAGAAGCUCCAGCAGAGUUUACGAACUCGUCCCCAAAUUAACACAGAUUUCAAAGUAACAGCUUCAGACUCCAUUGAGGACAAAUCAAGCUUACUGAACAUCGACGGCUCUCUGAAACUCAGCCUUUUAGGUGGACUGGUCAGUGUGACAGGAGCAGCCAAAUAUCUCAACGACACCAAGAAGUCUUUCAGACAGCAGAGACUGACACUGCAUUAUCACUCAACCUGCAGGUUUGAAGAACUGACCAUGAGUCACUUGGCACCUGAAAAUAUCAUUCAUCAGCUCGUGUUUGAUAAUGACACAGCGACACACGUGGUGACAGCGGUGCUGUAUGGAGCAGAUGCCUGCUUUGUGUUUGACAGAGAAGUUUCAUCAGAUGAGAACAAAAAUACAGUAGAAGGAGAAGUAAAUGCGGCCCUUGACAAGCUCAAAUUCAUUUCAGUAGAUGUGAAGAUCAGUCUGAAGAUGAAUGACGCUCAGAAGAAUGCAGUCCAGAAAUUCACAUGCACGUUUUAUGGCGAUUUCCAGUUACUGUCUAACCCGACGAAUUUUGAAGAUGCUCUGAAGGUUUUCACGGAUCUUCCAAAACUUCUGGGAGAAAAGAAAGAGCUUGCGGUUCCUCUGAGAGUUUGGCUUUAUCCUCUGGACAAACUUCACUCAAGAGCUUCAAAACUUCAGAAAGACAUCAGCAUGGAUCUAAUGUUAGAAACCGAAUCAGUGAUUGAGAGUUUAUAUACAGCUGAGAUGAAAUGCAGUGAUCUUCUGGAAGACUCUCCUGCUGUGGCUUUUGCUGCAUUUCAUGAUAAAAUUCUGCAAAUGAAGCAAAACUGCUACAAGUACAAGUUGAGACUGGUGAAGAAACUCGGCUCUCUGCUACCAAACAUCCGUGGAGACGUGAUGAAGGAAACAGCACUGAAUGAACUUCUACAAGAACAUGAGGAAUCUCCCUUCAGAAGAUCUGAGCUUGCAGAAUGGCUGAAAGAGAGAGAAAGAGAGUCUGAGAUCAUUAAAUCAGUCCUCAGACAGCUGAAGGAUUAUGGUGCACAGAUAGUAGACAACAUAGAUGUCAUCUUGAUGGAUCUGGAGGUUGGAAAUCUGGUCAGUUACACAUUCAUAUCACUGAACUGCUCAGAUGUGCUGCUUCUUCAUCAAACCUCCUAUCUGAGUCCUUCAGUAGAAGGAGAAACCGAUGAGAAGAUCCCUGAUUCAAAACAAAAGUCUUGGCUCACUGCUGAGAUCAAAAAGGGCAUGAAGAAAAACUUAAAGACAUUUAAGAACUUGAUUGAUUCAAAAGACUGUAACCCAGCUAGGUUCAUUUUUUCUUCAGUAGAAAUGGAGGAUAAUCCUGGUUCCUGCAUUCUCCUGUAUGAAAGUGAAUGUGAUGAAGCUGUUUACUUUACUCCUCCAUCCAAACCAGCCUGUCCAAUCAUUGAAGAGGUUGAAGAUCAGAAUGUGGUACUGAAGGUCGUUCCUUCAUCAUGUCCUGCUACAAAGAAUGCAGUCCAGAAAUUCACAUGCACGUUUUAUGGCGAUUUCCAGUUACCGUCUAACCCGACGAAUUUUGAAGAUGCUCUGAAGGUUUUCACGGAUCUUCCAAAACUUCUGGGAGAAAAGAAAGAGCUUGCGGUUCCUCUGAGAGUUUGGCUUUAUCCUCUGGACAAACUUCACUCAAGAGCUUCAAAACUUCAGAAGGACAUCAGCAUGGAUCUAAUCCUAGAAACUGAAUCAGUGGUUGAGAGUUUAAAUACAGCUGAGAUGAGAUGCCGUGAUCUUCUGAAAGACUCACCUGCUUCGUCUUUUACCGCAUUUCACGAUACAAUUCUGCAAAUGAAGCAAAACUGCUAUAAGUACAAACUGAAGCUCACGAAGAGACUCGGCUCUCUGCUGCCAAACAUCCGUGGAGACGUGAUGAAGGAAACAGCACUGAAUGAACUUCUACAAGAACAUGAGGAAUCUCCCUUCAGAAGAUCUGAGCUUGCAGAAUGGCUGAAAGAGAGAGAAAGAGAGUCUGAGAUCAUUAAAUCAGUCCUCAGACAGCUGAAAAAUGCUGGUGCGCAAGUAGAAGUCAACAUAGACCUGAUUUUGAUGGAUCUGGAAGUUGGAAAUCUGGUCUGUUUCAUGUUCACAUCAUUGAACUGGUCAGACAUGCUGCUUCUUCAACAAAAGGCCUGUUUGAGUCCUUCAGCAAAAGGAGGAAAUGAUGAGAGCAGCCCUGAUCGAAAGCAAAAGUCUUGGCUUAGUCCUGAGAUCCAAAAGACCAUGAGGAGCAACCUGAAGAUGUUUAAGAACUUGAUCGAUUUGAAUGACAGUACAUCAAACAUGUUUAUCGUGUCCUCAAGAGAAAUGAAGAAUAAUCCAGGUUCCUGCAUUCUGCUGUAUGAAAGGGAAUGUGAUGAAGCUGUUUGCUUUAUUCCUCCAUCUCCGCCAGCCUGUCCAGUCAUCGAAGAGGUCAAAGAAAACACCGUAGUUGUAAAGGUUCCUCCAUCGUGUCCUGAUACAGUGGAGAUCAAGUUACUGUAUAAACCGAAGCAGGACUCAGUCUGGACAUCUGAACCUUUGAUGAAGGAUCAAGACGUAGUUACUCUGACUGAUCUGAGAUCAGGAACUGAAUACGAGAUCAAAUGUGCAGCGCUGGGGAAACUCAACUACACCACAGACAGUGACGUCAUUGAAGUUACCACAGAGGUAUGA